AUGUUCAUAUCCUUCAUUUUCAGACCAGUCACAGCUUCCCGCAGUUCUUUAUCACUAUGGAUGAUUGCCCUCAUUGUGUUUGGAGUGUUGGCAAUCCUUGGAGUAACUAUUGGUCUCCUCAUUCAUUUUCUGGCAGUAGAAAGUAAGACCCACUACUAUCAAGGUAGCUUUAAAGUGCUGAAUAUGCCAUAUAAUAGAAAUUAUGAAAAAGAGACAUCACCAGAAAAUAACUACCUUAGUAAAAUCCUUGAAACUAAAAUGGUUGAUGCAUUUCAAAGUUCUAACAUUUACAGGCAAUAUAUCAAUUCUCAAGUCAUCACACUGGUUCCUGAUAACAACAGUGUAACAGCACAUAUAUGGCUGAUAUUCAAGGAUUCCAGAUCAAGGAAGGAAAGCACAAGAAGAAAAAUAGAAAGCAUCUUACAGCAGAUGCUGAGAAGCAACUCAGGAUCCUUGACUACAGAUCCCAAUUCUCUUAGCAUCAUGGAAAUCAGUAAAGUCAAUGCUGAAAAGAUUAUCAACAACCGCUGUGGGAGACGAGCAAGGAUGUCUGCUACAUAUGACAGAAUCAAAGGAGGUUCCACUGCUCAGGAAGGAGAAUGGCCAUGGCAAGCAAGUCUCAAAAUGAAUGGCAGACACUACUGUGGGGCAUCACUGAUCAGUGAGAGAUUUCUGAUAACUGCAGCUCACUGCUUUCAAAAGUCAAACAAUCCAAAAAACUUUACUGUUAGCUUUGGUACUAGAGUAACUCCACCCAAUAAGCUACAUUAUGUUCAACAAAUUAUUAUUCAUGAAGACUACAUCAAGGGUGAACAUCAUGAUGAUAUUGCAGUUAUACUGCUUACUGAAAAAGUUUUAUUUAAAAAAGAUGUACAUCGGGUUUGUCUUCCUGAAGUCACACAGGUUUUCCCACCAGGUGAAGGAGUUGUUGUUACAGGAUGGGGAGCACUUUCACAUAAUGGUAAAUACCCAUUGUUACUUCAGAAAGCACCUGUGAAAAUUAUUGAUACAAACACUUGUAAUGCUGAAAAAGCUUAUAAUGGUGUGAUACAGGACACAAUGUUAUGUGCUGGGUAUAUGGAAGGAAAUAUAGAUGCAUGCCAGGGUGACUCUGGAGGACCACUGGUUUAUCCCAAUUCUCGAGAUAUUUGGUAUCUUAUUGGAAUAGUGAGCUGGGGAGAUGAAUGUGGAAAAAUCAAUAAACCAGGAGUCUACACACGAGUGACUUCCUACCGCAACUGGAUUGCCUCCCAGACUGGUGUCUAA